AUGAGAUUCCCAAAUAAAUUGCAUACGUUUGUACUUGAACUCAAGUAUUUCUGUAUGAAUCUCCACUCUCACUUCCCGAAGACCUGCUUCUUCAUCAUCAGCAUUACCAUCAGCGUUUUCUUGUGGGCGCACAUGUUGAAAAGGCCGUGGGCGCACAUGUUGAAAAGGCCGUGGGCGCAUAUGUUGAAAAGGCCGUGGCCACUCCGGAGCUACUGCUGCAGGCUGCCUUGCAUUGGCGUUCCCUUGGUAGGCGUCUCCUUGAACGUUCUGCCUUGCAUCAGCAUUCCAUUGACCGCCAUUCCCUUGACCGCCAUUCCAUCGACCGCCAUUCCCUUGACCGCCAUUCCAUCGACCGCCAUUCCCUUGACCGCCAUUCCAUCGACCGCCAUUCCCUUGACCGCCAUUCCAUCGACCGCCAUUCCCUUGACCGCCAUUCCAUCGACCGCCAUUCCCUUGACCGCCAUUCCAUCGACCGCCAUUCCCUUGACCGCCAUGGCCUUGACCGCCAUUCCAUCGACCGCCAUGGCCUUGACCGUCAUUCCCUUGACCGUCAUUCCCUUGACCGCCAUUCCCUUGACCGCCAUUCCCUUGACCGGCGUUUCCUCGAGCGUCCUGCCUUUCUGGGGCAUACUCUUGAGCGACGAAUGGUGGCAAGUCUUGUAA